AUGCAAACUACCUAUAACCCGCACCUAGGGCAGGUAGGUAGAAUAUCACUAUAUUUAGCCCUGCUUGUCUUCAUAGGCUUGGUUAACCAACUACACCUCCUCGUGUACUGCAUGUAUGAUGUAUUCUAUAUACAAGAAUCCAAGCCAGGAGAAAGAAAAAAAAAGAAGAAAAGUCUAUCCUCUAGUAAGAGCAAACAAGAAGUGCAAACAGGGUUAAGUCCCGUUUAUAUAAAAGAACGGGUGGGCCAGGGACCCUAUUAUAAAUAUAGACCUCCAUACUGCUAA